GCCUGGCCGUGACCCUCAUGAGUCUGCAGAAAUGUCCUUCCUUUUCUAGAAGCCAACAAUAAUCCUCCACGCUGGCCAACGGCAGGAAGAGCUGGGUUGGAGGGACACCACUGGCCCACGGACAAGCCUUUCUGCCGGGAGGGGGACUGAGGCCCAGUACCAGGCAGCCUCCGCUCCACAGCUCGGAGGGGGUGGGGGAGCCAGACCCUGGCCCUCCCCGGGUCAGUAGCCCUUUUGUGUAAGUGCCUGGCAGGGAUGACUCGGGCUGUUCCUGCUCUCCCUGGGUCCUCCCCUCGGGCGGUGUCAGAGGAAGGGGACACGCACUCUCUGCGGGGGGCUCUCUGUCCCCAGUCACAGUGGAGAUGGCAAGUCCAUCGGGCUCCCCUCCACCCAGCUGCCUUCCCUCCCUCCUCCUCCUCCUCCUCCUCCAGCCAUCUUUCAGCUACGCAGGACAGUUCAGGGUCAUAGGGCCCGGCCACCCCAUCCGGGCGCUGGUGGGGGAUGAAGCAGAGCUGCCGUGCCGCAUACACCCUGGGAAGAACGCCACCGGCAUGGAGGUGGGGUGGUACCGACCCCCCUUCUCCAGGGUGGUCCAUCUCUACCGCAACGGCCGGGACCAGGACGCGGAGCAGGCGCCCGAGUACCGCGGGCGGACGGAGCUGCUGAGGGACAGCAUGGGCGAGGGCAAGGUGACCCUCAGGAUCCGGAACGUCAGGUUCUCAGACGAAGGAGGCUUCACCUGCUUCUUCCGGGACCACUCCUACCAGGAGGAGGCCGCGAUGGAGCUCAAAGUGGAAGAUCCCUUCUACUGGAUCAACCCCGGGGUGCUGGUGCUGAUGGCCGUGCUGCCCGUGCUCCUACUGCAGACCACGCUGGGCCUCGUCUACCUCUGCCUGCAGCGCAGACUGAGAGGAAAACUUCGGGCAGAGAUAGAGAAUCUCCACCGGACUUUCGACCCACACUUCCUGAGGGUGCCCUGCUGGAAGAUCACCCUGUUCACGCUGGUGCCGGUGCUCGGACCCCUGCUUGCCCUGGUCAUCUGCUACAACUGGCUGCAUCGGAGAUUGGCAGGGCAAUUUCUUGAAGAGCUAAGAAACCCCUUCUGAGCUUCGCUGGUCCACGGACUGGCCCUCAGCAUGCGGGAUCCCCCACAUUGUGCACUCACUGGCCUCCUUGCUGCCGGGACCUUCCCAUCUGCGUUUCCAGGGAUGCUGGGAGCUCCCAACAGGAUUGAGUUUCCUUCUGUCGUCAGCCUUUUCUGUCUCCUCAUCUCUCCUGUCCAGUCGUCCAACUGGAAGCCCCUCUGGCCACAGCCAGGUGGGCGCUCCUUUCCCCGAUGACACCUGAGCUGGACAGUGACACAGGCAGCAGGCUCUCGGCCGUGGACUGUGACCAGGGCACCCCUGUUGCACAUCCCAAUGUGCUAACCUCGAAAUGGUGGUCCUGUCCCGAGGGGCAGAGCUGAGAGGUGGGGGGCUGAGGGAAGGGGCAGGAGGGUCCAAACCAUCGGAGCUGAGUGAGCUGCUGGGAGGCCUGGGGAGCCGGCCGAGGCCAAGCCUGCAGUGGAGGCCACACCCCGUGUCACGUGUCACUACCCGCGCCCAGAGUCCUUCCCUCCAGCCCUUCCCUCCUGUCCAGCAGAACCUCCAAUGUUUUCUGCAACAAUUACUACUUGAUGGUCUCUCAGACACAAAGAAACAAGCUAGGUGCUAAGUCAUAAUAAUACAAGUUUCCGUGAACCACU